AUGACGUCGACCUUCGCUCCGCCGGUGGUUGAGAAAGAACAGCUCUGUUUGCCAGAGGAUUCAGUGUUAGAACCAGAGACCGCACCUUCCCGGGCGUGCAGGCCCUUGAGUCUUAGCGCGCAGCGCCGAAAAGCCGCACUACGGUGCACAACCAACACUGGUAGCGGAGCGGUGCAAGACGGGACCUACAGGUUGCCGCAUCCGCCCUACCUCGGGCAUAGCCCGGAGGAGGUCCUCGGUUCCUCUGAGGUCACCGGCCUCAGGAGGUCCAAGGUUCCUUCGAGGUCACCUGGCCUCAGGAGGUCCAACAUGCCGGACAAACGGUCCUGGCACUCUGGCCACGGUCACGGGUCACGACGGCCCGACCGACGAGAGGACCAUGGUGGAGACAGCGAGUACACCUACGAGUACCUCGAAGAUGAAGAGUCCGAACAAGAGGACGAGCCGAGGCAGGUGCGACCAGCACCUCCGGCAGCUUCCGCCGCGCCGGAACGGAAGCAGCGUAUGGAUGGGUCACACCGGCCCCCUACGCCUCCGCGGGAGGCGCGUGCGGCGGAGGUUCCACGCACGGUGCCGCGGGAGCCGCCUCCUCCUCCACCAAAGGAGAGGAAGGAAAAGAAGGAGAAAAAGAAGAAGGCGGACUCCAAGAAGGAGCACAAGUCCGAGAAGGACAAAAAGGGCCGUCGCGGUGACCCCCACGACAGGCGUAGCAGGUCAACAGGCCGCUGCCCUGCUGAGGAGCGGUCCACAAGGCGUAGCCGGUCACCGAGCCGCCGCCAUGGCCACCGGGAGCCACGGUCGCCGCCGCGAUCCCCGGUAGAACUGCGACGGGCGCCGGGACACAAUCCUUACCCGGAAGACAUGCCGUCAAUGAACACCGGUUCCUCGGGAAGUGGCAAUGCUGUAAGCCCAACCCAUGGUCCGCCCGACCUGGGGUCAGCUCUUGGCCCGGGUGACUGGGUGUGGGUGUCAUCCCCUGGGUACUGGGUGUUCGUGCCCCACGAAGUGCCCCACCAGAAGGGUCGCCACCAGUCCCCUGGAUGGGAAAGCGAAAAAGGGCGCCACAAAGGGAAGCGGCCCGAGUCCCCGAAGGGCUCGCCGAAAGGCCCUCCAAAAGGCCCGCCUAAAGGAAAAGGCAAAAAUCCCCCCAAAGGAAAAGAAUCCAAAGGGAAGGGGAAGAAGGGCAAAGGCAAGGGUCGCAAGAGGCGCAAAAACCGGCCUGGCCAACACCAAAGACGAAGGCAAGCCGAAGCAGCAGCACAGACCAGAGCCGAGGGAGGCCCGCGCGGACGGCGCCGCCGAUCCGACCGCGGUGGUGGUGACGAUGAUGGUCCGCCCCCCGCUGAAGCGGAAGGUGACGGCCGUGAUGCCAGAGACAUCCCCCGCCCGAGGGAACAUGGCCCAGGCGGUGGGGAUGGUGAUGAGCCCAGUGACGAUGAGGACGACGACGAAGGCGAUCAUGAGGGAAGGGCUGAGAGUGAGACCCUGACCCAUGACCCCGUCGUCGAGCCAUCAGAGCCCGAGACUCUGGAUCCAGGAGCGGCAGGUCCACACGGUCCUCCGGCUCCGGGUCCAAGAGGUGCCGGGUCACGCGCAAGCACGCCGUUGUUCCCUCCGAGACCCAUGGGGAGCCCGCCAGGAAGCUCCUUGGGAUCACGAACACGGCCGCGCCCAGCUCCGCCGAUCUUACCACCAGGAUCAGGCCGACGAUCCGCCAGAACUUCCGACAGCCGCGCACCCGCGUCGGUGACGCUGCCUAGUGGGUCUAAGUGGGAUCCACGCAUGGGUCCGGCCCCGGGCAUACGGUGGAAGUCAGGAGCUCCACCAGCACCGCCGAAGUACACGGCAGACGCGAAGGAAGUGGGAUCGUUCGACCGAUACUCCCGAAGAGUUCGGCUCUGUGCAAAACGCGCAUCCGGCUGGAUGACGGACGGAGACGCAGCGCUCCUCCUCGUCGAAAGCCUGAGCGGCGCAGCCGAGCGCGAGCUCGAGUUCACGCCCCUCGUGGAAAUCGAGAACGGUGGUGUGGAGUUUGUCCUCCAGCAAUUGGAGGCAAGCUCAAACGAGCACCUGGUCUACCGCAAGCACCACUACCUUCGACAAUGGGAAACUGUUCGACGGAAGGUUGGCGAGACCAUGCGUGCCUAUAUCCACCGGUUCGACCAGUUGCACAAGCAACUGAGCCACAUCGACGUGGACGUGAAGGCCACCUACAGCGGCGAAGCCCUCGGACAUCGCCUUCUGGAAAGAGCUGGUCUGUCCACCGAGCAGGCAAGGAUGGUGCUGAUCGGAUCCGGACAAAGCUUUGCGUACCCGUCCAUCCGCGACAGCCUCCUCCUGCAGUACCCGGACACCCUUCCGGUGCCGGCCAUUGGCAGUGGGCCAGGCAAAGGGAAAGGGAAGGGUGACAAGAAGGGUGCAAAGCAGGUCCACGUGGCCUCUCACGAGGAAGGCGGAGAGGAGCCGCCAGAAGCCGAAGAUGAGGACAAAGAAGUAGCAGAAAUAACAGCAGCGAUCGACGUCCUGACAGUGACGGCACAGAAGCUGAAAAAUAUCACCCAAGGACGUCGGUGGACCGACGGAAAAGGAACGUCGAAGGAUGGUGACAAGGGAUCCACCUCGACCUCAAAAGGGAAGCCCUCCUUCUCCACGAAAGGGAAGGGAAAGGGCAAAAGCAAAGGAGACACAGGCAAGAACACCUCGCGGGUCAACGUCUGCGAGACGGCCCAGGACGAGGGCGAUGCCGACGACGGAUGGGAAGAGGCAAAUGACGGAGACGAUCACUACGACAACGAAGAGCAAGAGGAUGACCAGUACGAGUCGUUCUUCGUCUUCAUGACCAGCCAUGAGGACACCUCGGUGGUGAACCCCUCUCCACAGGUGUCUCAGGUCCUGGCGGUGGCCCCCCAGUCCGCGGCAGGCCUGAUGGUCAUAGACACAGCAUGUCAAAAGACCUGUGUUGGCCGCGGGACAUACCUUGCCCACUGCGACAUCCUAAGGUCUUUCGGCCUGCGGUGUCAGUGGACGCCUGAAUCAGAGAAUUUCCGAUUCGGCGCCGGAGGUCCGCAACAGUCCUCCAUGCUGGUGGCAAUACCAGCUGGGGUGGAAGGAGAAGCGAUGGUCAUUCUGGCCUCUCUCCUGGACGCCAGCAUCCCCCUCCUGGCCUCACUGCGACUGCUGAGCCAGCUGGGUGCUGUGCUAGAUCUGCCCAAACAAAGUUGCCGCCUCCACAAGAUCGGAGUGACGGUACAACUGGCUAAGACACUUGGUGGCCACUUAGCCUUACGUGUCACCCAGUUCCCCAAGGAGGGAAUGCCACGGUCCGCAGACAUGUGGCACCACAAACGACAGCCCGGUGUCGAAGUCGUGCUCGACCCUGCAAAAAGCGCCGCCUCCGCCGACGCUGACGCAAGGGGAGAGUCCGAAAGCACCAAGCACAUCACACACAACACCGGGAUGGCAGAAGGGACUCACGUCCUCGCCGCAGCUGUCUCAGGCUCAAGCUCAGAAGCCCCAAACAGCACCGCAAGUGUCGGGAAUGCCGCCCGGACACGUCGCGCCCUCGCCUCCGCAAUGGCUUGUGGCAUGGCGCGAGGUGACGGUGGGUCUCCUGACGUUGCUCCCCCGUUUCCUACGACUGGCCACUCAGUGCCGUCGACUCGGAGUAGAGCCAGUGACCAGCAUUCUACGCCGUGGUCUGGCCCCCGAGCUGACGCCGGAGAACUGCACACACCCGAGCAACCUGAUGCUCCGGUACGGGAAUCGGCACGGCAGGUUCACGAGGUGCGCAAUGUGCGGCGCCCGGUGGCGCUGGGACGAAGCCAUGGGCUGCUGGCUCUCCUUGUCAGCAUCCUCGCGCUCGUCACUGCCACUUCCGAGCCGGGACAAUACCUUCCCAGCUGCUACGGCGAGCAAGGCAAAGGCCAAGAACAAGGCGAAGGCCAGGGCAAAGGCGACUUCCGCGAGUUUCCCGACCCGCGAUUUCUCGCCGCCGACCCGCACACGCCAAGCUCCACAAGAGUUCGAUCUCCAGAGCGUCAUGAGCCAAGAAUUUCCGGACGACCAGAGCGAAGUAUUCGACUGGAACCAGCCCAGCGACUAGGGCUGAAGAAAGGUCAACGGAAGCAGCUCGCUGCACAGGCUCGACGGGCCCAUCAGGUCCUCAGCCUGGAGUACGCCAUUCUUGGAAGCGAGUUGGCGAAAGCAGCUGACGCCCGGCGGAGAGUAACACAUAGUGCCGACUUCCUACAAAUGACGCCAUGUGAAAGGGGUGAGAACCUCACGUCUGCAGGACUACGCUCCCCACAAGAGCAAUGGGACAUCGCGACACAUCGUGGUCGCAAGCAGUGGGUCGAGUCCUUGAGGUAUCACAAACCGGCCACUUGUGGUCGCGGUCAGACUGGCCGACUCCCCCUCACAUGGAACACCGGAAGUGAUCAACUCGGUCCUCCGAACUGUUGA